AUGUUGAGAAACGUGGCAAUUUUCGGCGCGCUUAUUGGUAUUUGUUUGGCGAGAUUUGGAAAUGAGAAUGAGAAUUCGAUCGGUGAUAAAUUGGUGCUCACAGCUCACGGAAUGGGAUUGAAUGAUGUGAAUCGAAUAGAAAUUCCAGGUAAGGUCUAGGAAUCUGGAAGUCUAGCCUAAUUUUGAAACCAAACAAGCCUAGGUAACAUGAGCAAUGUUUGAAAGCUCAAUUUUUCAAUUUUCCAGUUCACAACGGUCGAAUCCCUCCACUUCCCUGUGUCACUUCAAAUGCUGGAACUCAUGAACAUGGUGCAACUUUCACCAAAAACAAUUUCCAUUAUAGUUGUAAUAAUGGAACUGCGGAGGUUGUUGGUGAGUUUUUUUGUGUCAAACAAGCUGGAAUUACAAUAACUCUAGAUUAAUCCACAGUAUAUUCAAUUUUCGACACCAAUAUUUUUAGUAAAUUUUCCAAGAUUUCUUACGUUUCAAAAAUUUGGCAAAUUUUUUCGAAUAUGUAGGCCCUAAUACCAAAUUUUGUGUUUCCUUACUCAAUCAAUAAUUUCCUUUUACAAAGUAUAUUAUUUUGAAUAUAUUGUGAAAACGGAAUGAAUCUCGCAACUAGAAAAUAUUUUUGAACGAUAAUGAACGCCCAUAUGAAUUGUAUAUUCUCUUUGGGGAACAUUUUGAAGGAAAAUCCAUUUUUUGCUUUUUUGAUCUACCUUUUCCCUCCAUUUUUUAUUUUUUCUGUCGUUCAAAAAUAUUUUCUAGUUGAAAGAUUCAUUCCGUUUUCACAAUAUCAUUAUUUUUCUUAUUUUCUUCCUCUUUCAGGUUAGAUUUACAUAAAAAUCUCAAAGUUCUAUUUCAUUUCAGCUUGCAUUGCCGAUGAUGGAAGUGUUAUUCAACUUGGCCGAACUUUUGUGAAAACCGGAAUGAAGCACUAUUGUAAUGUGCAAGGCGAUAAUGUGACUUACAAGCAAGGUGAGAUUUUUUGUGACGGUUUUUGAGGGGAAAUUUAUCAAAAAUCACUAAUUCUACUUCAAAGAUAGGAUAAUUUUCAAAAUUUGGUGCCAAAAUCUUGACUUGAAUUCUGGUUUCAGAAGCCAUGUGUUACGAGAACGGUAUGCACUAUAAUAUUGGUGACUCAUUCCGAAAUGGUUCUUUCAAAUUGACAUGCCGUGAACAGGGAAUCCACGUGGAAGGGUGUUAUAUGCAAAAUGGUGUGAGCGGAGAUAUUUUGGCGGCUGGUGAGAAUCGCAUUGAAAAUGGCAAACGACAUGAAUGCGAAAUUAUUGCGCCGGGACGUGUCAGAUAUGUGGUGAAGAGUGAGUUUUUGACACCAAAUAUUACUGUAUUAUUUCGCGCUAGAAAAUUUGAUUUUUCAUCACAAAUACAGCAAUCGAAAUGAUUUUAGCGCUAUUUUGAAUGGGAUUACUGUAGAUUUCGGCGGCCAAAUUAUGAUCUACAGUAUUCCCAGAUUUUUGCCACAACAUUUUUCUUAUUUUUCAGAGAAAAAUAAUUUCAAGAUUUUUUACGUUUCAAAAAUUCAUGAUUUAUUUUGGGGAGACAUUUUUUUGUUCAGUUCUUGAAAAAAUCCUAGAUACUGUAAAUUACUCUAUUCACAGUAAUCCAGAUAAAAUAACUCGAAAAAAUUUAAAUUUUCCUCACAAAAAAUCUCCCAUGAAAUCUUUACUGUUUCAAAAAUUCGUGAUAUUUUUUGUGAGAAAGUGUGAUAUUUUAUUCUAUGCAUCCUGAAAUUUCAUAUUCAAUUUCUCACUAAAACCCACGAAUUACUGUAGUUUUUGGCAUAAUUUCUUUAACAUUUCUUGCUUGCCAUGUGUAUAAUUUUUUUGGUGUGUUCGUAAAAAAUCAACUACAAACUGACUGAUAAAAAAAUUUUGGCAAUUUUUCAAGGAAAAAAAAUUCCGUUUUUUUUUCGAGGGCAUCAUCACAUGGCCUCGAAAAAUGACCGAAUCAUAAGAUUUCUUAUCUUCAGCAACGAAAAUUUUUAUCAGAAAAAAAAAACGAUUUUGUGGAGCAAAAAGGUGUGCUCUUUGACCGGAACAAAAAAAAAUUUUGUAGAGUUUUUUGUACAGAUCAAAAUUUUUAGAGCCAAAAGGUGUGAUUUAAAGUAGAUCAAAUAUUCGUGAAAAAUAACAUCUUGAAAUUGUUUGGUUUCAAAAAUUGUAGAUGAAAUUUUCCCGUUAUUUUUUCAGUGUUGGGAUGUUCUCACGACGGAAAUCAAUAUUCGAUCGGUCAAAUGUGGACUCAUCAACACGUCAGAUAUCAAUGUAAAAAUGAUGGAAGUCUGAUGGUUUUGGGUGAGUUUUUGACACCAAAAUUACAGUACUUUUGGUGUUUGAGGUUGCAUCGAUGAUGGUUUGUAUUUGGAAUUGGGACGAGAUUUGUUGAUGAAUGGAAUGGCUCAUAGAUGUUAUAAAGUUGGCACAACAACUUUUUAUCAUAAGUAAGUACAGCCAAUUAAAAAUGCAGUAUUACUUCUUCUGAAAAAUUUCCAUUUUUUUCCAACAAAAAUCACUGUUUCAAAAUUUCUAUAAUUUAAUUUUUGCGGCCCAAAAAUGCCACGUGGCAGAAUUUCCUACUUCAAAUCAUUUUUUCCAGAUUUGCUUGCGAUUUCCCAUCAUUAUCUCAAUGUGUUGGUCAAAUGAUGCAUCGAAAAAUGGCGGCGAGAAGAGUAUGA